CUGUUGGCCCAUCUCUAAACCACAGAUUUAAUUCAGUUUCAUAGGUUUUCAGCCCUAGUGACCUGUUACUGGAUAUCUGUUCAAAUAAAUGCUGUUUAUGGUUCCUGCUGGAACUGUUAUGGUUCAGAAGCUAUUGUGGUUAGGUUAUAAGGUAAAGAGAUCUAGAUGAGAUGAGGUUGUAAAUACCUUGUCAGGAAUGUGAUUCAUAUUGAGUCAUUUUACAAUUGUGUAUAGAUGACUUUCUGUUGACACGGUGUUGAAGUGAUCACCAUCACUAACAUAUAUAUCUUGGACUAUUUUCUAUGUGUCUGUGUGUUCCCUGCAGAAAAAAAAACACAUAGAAACAAUCACAUAAUUCGAAUGGUUUUCGCUACAAAUAUCAUUACAAACCAUCAGCUAACCAUUAAAACCCAUUACCAAUACCGUUAUUGGUCCUUAAUGGUAUCCACUAGACAUAACAUGCCACCAAUAGAAGGCAACAAAUUACUAGUAGAGACUCACAGGGACCAUUACAGUUUCCAUUUAAAAAAAACAUUAUAACCAUUAAACCGAUAACAAAAUUUUUGAAACAGGAACUCUUAUAAGUCACUUUUGUAUGAUAUGUUUUAUGUAGCCCAGGGCAUAUUGUUUGACAUUUCUAAUUGCGAGAUAUUAGACUUAGUAACGUGGUGACAUGGAGAUGAUUGAUGUAGGUGUAAUACUGUAACUAGCUUACCCAGGCGGUCACAAUAUGAAAAGAGACAUCAUUGUGGGUAACAACGCUGGUACAGUCCUAGACUUGCAGAUAUUUAUAUAUAAAAGUGCCUUGGCAUUAUAAUACAGGGUCUCAGAGGAAGGAGGAGAAGUAUGCACUCUGAGGAAGAAUAGGCCAUAGCAGGAUGCUAUGAGUUAUGAGCUACAGUUUCUCAUUGCUUGCAAUGCAGAUUUAGGAGGUAAAUGCUACAAACAGUUUUAUCUUUUCCUUUUAAGUUAUGGUAAUGGUAUACAAUUAUCUCGCCACAGGAAUGCUUCCUAACUAGGUUACUUAUAGUGGAUUUCUGAUUGGUGUGUUGUUUUCUGAAUGCACUCAGCAGUCCCUUGUCUCCCUCAUCCAGCAGGACAGGGAUAGUUACAUAAAGCAUGGGAGAAGGAAUACAACAUAGGGGUGGAGCACUUACCCACACUUUCCAGAAUACGUCAGCCACUUCUCAUUGGCUGUAAGACAAGCUUGAGCAGAGCUUUCCACGUCUCCAGUAGUGAGGGAUGGUACCCAAUAAAUGCGGACUCGCUUGUGCUGUGCCCUAAAUAGCUGUGUCCAUGACUCCUGUUGACUGGUAAAAAGGCAACUGAAAUUAUGGAUCUACAGAGGGAUUUAUUGAAAACAUUAUUCCUUCAAAUACAACUACAACAUUCUGUUUAGCUAGUUUUAGAUCGCAGUUGUUUUUGCCCAUUAGUUAGUCCACCACAUGGUUUGUUUGUUAGUUUGCAUAAUUUAGACCUAACUCUGUAUUGUUGAAAUCUUUCUAUUUAGACUAAAUUUCCACAGAAAUGUUUCUAUUGAUGUUUUCUUAGGUUUGAGAUUUGAAUCUUGAAUCUGACAUGCGGUGUCCCAAAACCGCAGGCAUUUAAGCUGGCCCUCAGAAGGAGGGGAGACGCAUGACCUUAUCAGGUUUUCAUUGUUUGUUGUUGUGACAGAGGAUCAGAUUAGGCCUGUUUAAUAUGUUGCAGAAUGUUCAGCCCAUAAAAGUUACACAUGUAUGUAAGAUGAAUAUAUAAAUUAACUGAAAACUGAGGUUAUUUAUUUAUUUACUUUACUUUAAAUCCCCACAACUAAAGUAGUUUAUAGGUUUUCUCUACACCAUAUAAUGUAGGCUGGCACACUCUGAGGAUUGUGGUUGGGUUGAUGUUGUUUAGCAUGUUUACAUCUACACUCUUAACUUGCAACUCAAGGUUUUUGUACAAGUGGUGUUACUCGAAUAUUUAAGAGGAAAUGGGGUCUUGAAAAAGACAAACUCUGCCAUCUGCUUUCAAUACCACAGAAUCUGUAGUAAAUGGCUGGCCAGUGAGGUUGGUGUCAGUGGUGACCUGGUAACGGUUUGUGUGAUUAUUCACAACAGCGGUUGAGGCAGAUGGGAGUUUGUUUAUUUACCAAAUGCAGUAUUACUCAGUGUUUAAUGGUCGGAAAGUGCAUCUCACUGUGUGUACAUACAUACAUGCAUACAUACAUACGCACACACACACACACACACGCGCACACAUACAUAUACAGACACAGAUGCAUCGAGAGAUGAAAACAACCCUAACUGGCAUUUAGCCUGUUUCUGACCCUGCAGUCUGUCAGAUGCAGUUGUACUGGACAAAUGUAAAUUUUGUGAGCUGGGUAAAUGAGAUGUGCACUGACAGCUUGGUGAUGAGGGCGUACCAUGCAUGUUCUGUAUGUUGUCUAUGUUUCCUUGCAAAUCUUAUGAAAGUGAGAAUGUAGACAUUCAGGAGCCACACACUGACUACCAUCUAAUGCCCCUUUGUUCGCUUACAUCACUAGAGGGUCAUUAUGACUCUGGAUUGGACAUUCUUUGACCUUGCUGCAUCAGCAUGAGAGAAGAUUAAUAUAUUGCCACAAUGCUGGUGAAAGGUACGCCAUGGCCCUGUAUAACCAGCAUGUUUGUCCUGUGGAUAACUGGUUAUAUAAUCAGUCAUGUGAGGAAGAUUUGUCCAUGCAGAGGGGACCAACACUGUGCUGUACUCUGGACAAUGUGCCACUUAUCAGUAAGUGUGGCACACUACCUCCAGAGAGCUGCUUCUUCAGCCUUAUAUGCAGCACAGGAUCUUUCAUGGUGAUGGUAAUAGUUUUGCUGCAUUAUGCUCAUGUGAUUGAAAGGCGCCAGAACUGCGUGUUAAACACAGCAAGUCUCUCCACCGGCUGGAUCUGCUCUGCAGGACUCAUCAUGGUGGGCAACUUCCAGGUAGAUAAUGCAAAGGUGUUGCACUACGUUGGGGCCGGUGUGGCCUUUCCCACUAGCGUGCUGUUUGUGAGUGUGCAGUCUGCACUCACUUAUAAACUGGCCAAGACUCAGGGUGAGUACAUUAUGGGCCAUUUGCGUCUCAUCAUGACCCUGCUGGCCUUCAUAGCCUUGGUGCUCAGUGGAGUUUUUUUCGUCCAGGAGAGUUUUGUCCUGCAGCACGCCUCAGCCAUCUUUGAGUGGGUCUUCUGUGUCAUCAUCAUGCUGUUUUAUGGCACAUUUGCCUUUGAGUUUGCCAAUAUCUCCAGCAACACCAUGAUGGUCUUGGCCAGAGGAGGAGCUUUAAGUAGCAACAGCCAAGAUCACAAAAUGGAGUCUCUCAGUGGAACUAGUCAGCACCAGCCUGAGAACAUGUCCAUGCUUUAACCUCAUGGAGGGAGAGUUAGCACAGGCCUGCCCAUGCUACUCUCUCUCUUUUCCUGUUUCUUGUACACAUACAUGUACAGUAGGGUGCAGAGGAAAACACUAGUUCAGCUGAGGAGAUCUGGCCUACUUUUGUUGUUAAUCUGAUCUAACCUUUUGCCAAAGGACUUUGCACACAUUUUUGCACAAUGUUGAGACCAAAUAAUUGUCCAUCUUCAGUGUGACUCUCUGUAAAAAAGUGUCUGUGAUGCUUAAAGAAGCAGUGUUAUAUGGACUAUAUAUGGACUAUAUAUGGACUGCUGUGGUAUGUGUUGUUGGCUUUGUGAAUGUUCAUGGCAUUGGAAUUGUAAAGAUACAGUCUGUUCUAAUGUAACAGAGAUAGCAGUCAAUAACACAUCCCUGCCAGCUCAGCUGAGCACUGAGACAAUUCUGUGCCAAUUCUAGCUGUUUCAUGACAAAACCAGAAAUGUUUAACUAUAGAGUUUAUUUUUGCCUUUUAUAUUCAACCAAAUUGCCUGUAUCUAUGCCUUUAGGUUAUGUUUGAUAUACUCAAACAGAGGUGCUUUUUGCUUUUUGCUCAUUGCAUAUUCUGUUCAGGGCGACUCUUGUUACCGUUGUGCCUUAUGAAACGGGGCCAAGCAAAGCUGUCUAAUGGACGCCACUAAUAAUCUGUAAUUCUGUGUUGUUUAUCAUACUAUCAGGGACACAGUCCAGGGUUUCAAAAGUAUACUUUGUUUUGUACUAUAAAUGUUGUCAAAGGAAUGCCAAUAAGGCCAGCAAGAGUUAACUUUAUAGUAAUGCAGAGCAUUCCCAUAUUUGCUGUAUAUUUGACUUGUUGGUUUGUAGAUGUGAUUAUAUUCUUGCUCAUCUCUGUGCCUGAGGCCAGUAUAUUGAGAGGUGUGGACUGAUUGGUAUUUGAUCUGAUUGAAGGCCUGUUUACAUUUUCCUGCCAGUUUGGUUCUGAACAAUUUCCAGUUUAAGAGGAACAGUACAGAUUCCACUUACCAGAUACACCAGAUCCUUUUUCGUAUACAUUACUUUAAUCGUUAAAGAUUUGUGCUUCAUCAGUCUGCCAUAUUUUUGUUUGAUUCCACACUUUAUAUUUGGUUAAUUGUGGCUUUAAUUCUCAGCUUAUUUGGACUUAAUCUUGUGCCUAUGAUCAUCUGUGCAUACAGGUGUCAGAAAAAUGUCAUCUGUUGUGAUAGUGUGACUUGCAGCAGGACUGCAAGUCUGUUACACAAAAAGCCAUUUUUUCGAUAGAAAUACUCUAUUACACACUGUUCCUUUUUAUGUUGGAUGUUGAUUUAAGUGCGCAUAAACACAAAUCCUGUUACCCAUUCUCUAGUUACAUUCAUAGAAUAUGUAUUCUUUGCUCCUUAUGUCUUUAUCAACUAAAGGCAAUUCUAAAUUUUAAAUCAAUGUUUCCUGUUGUGCUUGUUUUUAGUUUAGUCAAAUCCUCAGGAAAAUCUGUUACACCCACUUGGAGUCUGUACUUUUAAUAAAGUUCAAUUGAUUAAGUAUUAA